AUGAUGCUCCCUCUGCUUUUUAUGUUUCUGGUUCUGCCAUAUUCCAGCUAUGUUUCUUCCUUUGAUCGUUCUUCCUGUGCUGCAAAGACAGGGGUCAGUGUGUACAAGGGUGGGGAUAUGGUGCUUGCUGCAUUUUUCCCACUGCAUACUAUUGUAUAUGAUUCCAUCACUGAAGAUCCAAGCAGUGCAGGCCUCUAUCAUCAGUUAAAGAUAAAGAACUACCAGAUUCUCCUGGCAAUGGUUUUUGCCAUUGAGGAGAUCAACAUGAACCCUCAUCUUUUACCCAAUGUGUCUCUGGGGUAUGAUAUCUAUAAUGUCCUGUAUAGUGAAUGGUCGACAUUGGAUAGAUGCAUCACGUGGCUAUCAGGGAAGAAAUAUAUAAGUAAUUACAACUGCAGGAAAGAAAUGAAGUCUGUUGCUGUACUCUCAGGAGUAUCCUGGAUAAUAUCUGCCCAGAUAGGAACACUGCUGGGACUCUACAAAUAUCCACAGCUGACCAUUGGGUCUUUUGAUCCUAACCUGAAUAAUCAUGAUCAGUUUCCCAAUCUCUAUCAAAUGGCCUCCAAGGACACAUCUCUGGCCAGUGGCAUUGUCUUAUUGUUGAAUUAUUUACACUGGAAUUGGGUGGGGUUGAUUGUAUCUGAAGGACAAAAAGGUGUUCAGAUAAUCUCAGACCUGAGGGCAGAAAUGGACAGAAACAGAAUAUGUAUAGAUUUUGUGGAGAUGAUCCCAGUCAGUAAAGUAUCCUUUUUGGCACAGGAACAAUUGAAUCCUACACGGGUUCUGAAAUCAUCAGCAAAUGUGAUCAUCACAUAUGGGGACAGUGACUUUCUGAGAGGCUUCCUGUCUUAUUUAAAGCAGACUUUAGUUACAGGGAAAGUUUGGAUCAUGAACUCAGAAUGGAAUGACAUCAACCAUUCAAAGCAUUUCAUUUUGCAGUCAUUGCAUGGGAGCCUCAUUUUCUCACAUCACCACAAAGAACUCUCUGGUUUCAGAAAUUUUACCCAAACACUUCACCCUUCCAAAUACCCAGAAGAUUUUUACCUUCAAAGGUUUUGGUUCUACUUUUUUAACUGCUCAUUUGCUGACAAUGACUGUACUACAGUUGAGAACUAUGUGCCUAAUGUUUCCUUGCAUGACUCACCUAACAACCAUUUUGAUAAGGUCAUGACUGAGUAUGCUUACAAUACAUACAAUGCUGUGUAUGCUGUGGCCCAUGGCCUUCAUGAGAUGCUUCUUCAUCAAGCAGAAGUAAAACCAUUAAGAAAGACAGAAGAGUUGAUGUUUUCAGCCUGGCAGCUGAACCCUUUUUUAAAAGACAUGGAAUUUACUAAUCAUGCGGGAGAACAAGUGAAUUUGGAUGAGAAAAUGAAACUGAAUGCAGAGUAUGAUAUACUCAACUACUGGAACUUUCCAGAAGGUCUAGAACUUAAGGUAAAGGUUGGACAGUUUUCUCCAUAUGGUCCACUGGGUCAACAAUUAUCUUUAUCUGAGGACAUGAUAGAAUGGGCCACAGGAAUCACAGAGACUCCCCAGUCUGUCUGCAGUGAAAGCUGUAGUCCUGGAUUCAGAAAAUCCCUCCCAGAAGGAAAUGUGGCUUGUUGUUUUGACUGCAUUCUGUGUCCAGAGAAUGAGAUUUCAAACAAGACAGAUGCAGAUCAGUGUGUGAAGUGUCUAGAUCAUCAAUAUGCCAACACAGACCGAAGCCAUUGCCUCCAGAAAUCUAUGACUUUCCUGGACUAUGACGAUCCCCUGGGGAGAGGUCUGUCAUGCAUAGCCUUGUACUUCUCUGCACUGUCAGCUCUCGUUCUUGGUAUCUUUCUGAAGCAGCAAGACACGCCCAUCGUGAAGGCAAAUAACCGCACUCUCAGCUACAUCCUGCUCAUCACCCUUAACUGCUGUUUUCUCUGCUCUUUUCUCUUCAUUGGCCACCCCAACACAACCACGUGCAUCCUGCAGCAGACCACAUUUGGAGUGUUGUUCACUGUGGCUGUUUCCACCAUCUUGGCCAAAACUAUUACUGUGGUUCUGGCCUACAAGGUCACUGCUCCAGGAAGAAGAAUCAGGUGGUUGUUGGUAACACGGGCACCUAACUUCAUUGUUCCCAUCUGCACCUUCAUCCAGAUUAUCUUGUGUGGGGUCUGGCUGGGAAAAUCUCCCCCCUUCAUUGACACAGAUGCACACUCUGAGCGUGAACACAUUAUCAUCCUGUGCAACAAGGGAUCAGUCACUGCUUUCUACUGUGUGCUGGGAUAUCUGGGCGCUCUGGCCUUGGGAAGCUUCACUGUGGCUUUCCUGGCCAGAAACCUACCUGACACCUUCAAUGAAGCCAAGUUCCUGACAUUCAGCAUGCUGGUGUUCUGCAGUGUCUGGGUCACCUUCCUCCCUGUCUACCACAGCACCAAAGGGAAGGUCAUGGUGGCUGUGGAGGUCUUCUCCAUCUUGGCAUCCAGUGCAGGGCUCCUUGGUUGUAUCUUUGCCCCCAAGUGCUACAUCAUUUUGUUCAGACCACAAAUAAACUCUAUUCAGGGUCUCAGGAACAAAAUACAUUAUAGGUACAAGGCUUAA